UCCGCCGCCGGCGGCGGCGGCGCAUCCGUACGGGCUCCUAACCCUAGCAGUCGGGCGCCGGCGAUCGCCUUCCUCCUCCGCCGCCGCAGCAGCAGCAGCAGCAGGGAUGGAUUGCUGCCGCAGCGUGAACCCCUUCGCCGUCUGCUCGGGGCCUCUGAAGGCGCUCGGAUACGCCAUGCUCCUCCUCGUCGCCGCCAUCGCCGCCCUCUCCUACUACGCCGUCGUCAUCGUCUCCUGGGGCCCCAAACUCCUCCCCGCCAAUGCCGGCCGCAACUCCGUCCUCGCCUUCGCCGUCGUCGCCGUCUCCCAUCUCCUGCUUGCUCUGAUAAUAUGGAGCUAUUGCAUGGUGGUUUUCUCUGAUCCGGGUGCGGUUCCAGAAAAUUGGAGACCUAUGCUUGAAGAGGAUAGUUUGGGAACAGCCAGUCCAACCGCAUUAUCUGGUUACAUCAUUCCUGAAUCACGGGACCUGCCAUCAUCCACUUCGGAGGAUCUUGAAAGAAGACAAACUAUGAGAUUCUGCACUCGCUGCCAAAAUGGCAAACCUCCUCGUUGCCAUCAUUGUUCCGUGUGUGAUAGAUGUGUGCUUAAGAUGGAUCAUCAUUGCGUAUGGGUUGUAAACUGCGUGGGGGCACGCAACUAUAAAUUCUUUCUUCUUUUUCUGGUAUAUACUUUUCUUGAGACGGUGCUAGAUACUCUUGCUCUACUCCCGCAUUUUAUCGGGUUUUUCGGAGAUGCCAGGAAACAUUCCGGUUCACCCAGCAAUCUUGCUAUCACAUUCCUUGCUUUUGUUCUUAAUUUAGCUUUUUCGCUGAGCCUUCUCUGCUUCCUCUGCAUGCACGCUUCUCUUGUAUUAAGUAAUACUACUUCUAUAGAGAUUUAUGAGAAGAAGAAAGCAGUUGCAUGGAAGUAUGACUUAGGGAAGAAGAAGAACUUUGAGCAGGUUUUCGGCACAAACAAAUUGUUAUGGUUUCUUCCGCUGUACACUGCUGCGGAUCAGGAAAACAUUCCUGCACUUCAAGGCCUUGAUUUCCCAACUCGGUCAGAUGUUGAGGUGUGAAUGACGGACAGUGGGAAGCCAUCCCCUAUCAUCAAACUGAUCGCGGCCCUCUAUUUAUCUUUAUUCGACAAAUGAACUAGAUGUAAAUCGUGUAGAUUAAUCUGUUUGUUUUGGUUUAGAACUGUGCACAUUGUUUCGCAAGAAGCUGUAGAUUUAGGUCUAUUAUACUUUAGUCAUAUUUGUACUUCAUGAAUCACGGAACAAAAGUGGUGACAAAGAAUUCUUUUCGAUUUCAUUAACAGGGAACUUAAAAACACAAUUUCUCAUUUUAA